UCCCGGCUGCGCGGAGCGCUCCGCUAUGGGUGGCCGCGGUUCUGUCGGCUGCUGCGGGGAAGGCGGAGCCUGUACUGGGCCUGCCAGGCCGCCGGCCGUCUGUUCCGUAGAAGCCGUAGCAGCCGUAGGGGGUCGGGGCCGCUGGCGAGGUCUCAGUUCCCGUAUCCCUGCCCGGAGCCCGACACUGCCCGGCACUCCGGGUGCCUCCUCCCGCUGCCGCGUCCCUGCCGUGGGAUGAAGCGCAUCUUCGGGUUCGGGAAGAAGAGGAAGGGGCAGCCGCCGUCCGGCGGCGCCUCCCAGCCCUGCCCCGCCGGUGCAGCCUACGAGCUCCGGCCGAAGGACCUGGGCAAGCUGCACCGCGCGGCCGCCAGCGGCGACCUGGCCCAGGUGCGGCAGGGGCUGAAGAAACACGGUAUCGACGGGCGGGACAAGGCGGAGCGGCAGUGCAGUGCCAGCAAGAAAAAUGCGUGGCUAUUCUGCUAGAGCAUGGUGCAGACCUAAAUCUGGCAACACUGCCCUUCAUCUGGCUGUCCUGUCUCCUAGUCCAUCGGUAGCGGGGCUGUUACUUGAGCAUAAUGCUGAUAUUGAUGCCCAGAAUAAGGCCAGCAUACUGAUGGAUGUAGCUGAUGACUGAUUGAAUUCACUCAUCUGACACAACUUCAGAGGAUGCUGAAUUACCAACUUCA